GGGGCACGGCCUGACCGCACCCUCCGGAGAUGGCAGAUGGCAGGUGCUACCCCCAGCCUGGGGACCUGAUCGAGAUCUUCCGGCCCGUUUACCAGCACUGGGCUCUCUACGUCGGGGAUGGAUAUGUCAUCCAUGUGACUGAUGAAGGAGACUCAUCCGUUUUGGGUAGCAGCUCAUCAAUGUCCGCCAUAAGGGCCAAAGUGAAGAAGGAGCUCCUGAAGAAGGUGGCCGGAAAUGAUAAAUGGUGUGUCAACAACAAGUAUGAUCGCUCCCGCGAUCCUCUCCCCGUGGAGGAGAUCAUCCGGCGUGCUGAGCAAUGGAUUGGCAAGGAGGUGCCCUAUAAUGUGCUUGGCAGCAACUGUGAGCACUUUGUGACAGGGCUGCGCUAUGGAAAGAGAAAGUCUGACCAGGUCAAAACUGCAGUUGUUGGUGGUACUGCAGCAGCAGUUGGAGGUCUUGUUGGUGGUGCCAUUCCUGUUGCUACUGCAGCAGCAGCAGGAAUAGGAGGCAUUCUUGGUGCUGCUGGUGCUGUUGCUGCAAUUUUAUUGUACAAGGGCCUUUCCAGCAGAUAGUACUACUGAUGAACCACAAGAAAGAGCUCAGAGCAAAGCAGGGGGAGCCCCUGGCAUCAGCGAUCACUGGUCACUCACUCCCAUGCCAGCCUCAUCAGGGAGGGAAUGAGAAGAGUUGCAGUGAAAAACUUGUGGCUUGAGAACAAGCUGAUUUAGUAGGUAACCAAAAGCUCGGCAUUAAAGGAAAGCAAAACAAUGAA